AUGGCCGAAUCUACCCCGUACAAUCACUUCUCCGGAACUUUCGUCAAGGUCUCGUCGCCGACCCCUUAUGUUGCGCUGGUCGAGCUUUCUCGUGCUCCGGUGAAUGCGUUUCAUGAGCCAUUCUGGGUUGAGAUGGGCAAGAUCUUCGACAAACUUGGAGAAGAGCCCACUGUCCGCGCUGUUGUCCUCGCCUCUGCGAUCCCCAAGCUGUUCUCUGCGGGCAUUGACUUUUCCGCGCUCAGUCUAGGCGUCCAUCUCUGCCAUCGAGCGCUGCCCGCACCCCGUCGUCGGUGCGCGCACGGCGUGGCAUACGGGCUCUCCAUCGACAUCCUCUCCGCGUGUGACAUCCGCUACGCCGCCGAAAACGCGCGCUUCUCCAUCAAAGAGGUCGACGUCGGGCUCGCGGCGGACAUCGGCACGCUCGCGCGCGUGCCCAAGGUGACGGGGAACGCGAGCUUCGUCAACGAGCUCGCGCUCACCGGACGCGACUUCUCCGCCGCGGAAGCGCUCCAGUGCGGCCUCGUGUCGAAGGUGGUGCCGGGCUCGCGCGACGAGGUCGUCGCCGCGGCGCUGGCCACCGCGACGCUGAUCGCGUCGAAGUCGCCUGUCGCGGCGCGCGGGACGAAGCGCGUGCUCUUGCACGCGCGCGACCACUCGGUGGAGGAGAACUUGCAUUACGUGGCGGUGUGGAACAGCGCGAUGCUGCAGACGCAGGACCUCAUGGACUCCAUCAAGGCUGCGCGGACGAAGUCGAAAGCCAAGUUUGCUCCUCUUGCGGCUAAGCUGUGA